CCUUCCCCACUCGUCAGUCUCAACACCACCAACUCGCGGCUCACAACCCAGUUCACAGUUUUCCAUUUCGAGCCGAACUCGUUUUUCACCGGUGAUUUUUUUUUCUCCGGUUACACUGCCUCGAUCCGACAGGAAGGAGUCUCAUCGGAGAAGAGACUUUUUCUAGAGGGACCCCUACCUUUAUAAAAAAUCAUCAGGGAGUUCUCGGUGGACGAGACCUCUUUCUUUUGCUGAAGCUGCUUCACGACAGCAACUCACCUCACGUACCCCAUGGCCGAGUACAGGCACAAUAACUCCGUGCGACCGCACGUCAAGAAAAGAUACCAAAACUAUUUUUAACCGACCCUCUCCUCCAACCCAAAAAAACCAAAACCGAUUUUUUUUUCUUUUAAACUCUCAGGUAUUUUUGUAAAGUUUUGGCUGUGAUAGUAGUUAGUAAAUUGUUAACGCCUCGGUCGGUGUCGCGUUCCGCCGGGACAAAGAGAAAUAUAUAUUGAAACUUUAUUUUAUUUCGGACGAUUUUAGCGUUUAGAACGAUUUGUAAAUUUGAAUAAAAUGGAAGAGUUCGCGGACGAAGCGCUUUGGCUGGUGAUCGUUAGUUUUAUCGUUGCUUUUGUACUCGCGUUUGGAAUCGGUGCGAACGAUGUGGCCAACUCUUUCGGCACUUCAGUCGGAUCCAAAGUCCUCACCGUCCGCUCCGCCUGCAUACUCGCAACCAUCUUUGAAAUGGCCGGAGCAAUCCUCAUCGGCUACAAAGUGUCGGAUACGAUGCGGAAGGGGAUUUUGGACUUGAGCAUGUACAAUGGCCAAGAAAUGGAAUUAAUGCUUGGAUGUCUGUCCUCAUUGAUCGGAAGUGGGAUUUGGCUCAUCGCUGCAACAUUCCUCAAGCUUCCGAUUUCAGGGACACAUUCCAUUGUUGGCGCCACUGUUGGAUUUUCUUUGGUGUGUCGUGGCACCAAAGGCCUCAAACUUCAGACAUUAGGAACCAUAAUCGCGUCUUGGUUUAUUUCACCGGUCAUGUCCGGCAUAGUAUCUGUGAUUUUGUAUAAAGCGAUAAACGUUCUGAUAAUAAACGCAGAAACGCCUUUGACGCCUGCAUUGAGAGCAUUGCCGUUUUUCUACAUGGCAACCAUCUCUGUCAACAUCUUUUCAAUUGUACUCGAUGGUCCGAAAUUGCUGUACCUCGACAAUAUUCCUCUUUGGCUUGCUAUCACUAUCAGCCUCAGCAUCGGCCUAAUUGUUGCCAUCGGCAUCCAACUCUUCAUGGUACCUUGGCAGCGACGACAGGUCAUCGAGGACAUCAGAAAAUCAUCUAACAAGGAUGUCCAGUUUACAUUUGGGGAAUCAACAGAUUCGUCAAGGGAUGGAAGCCCGAGAACGUCAAGGAUGAUGGAAGAGGGUACAGCAGGGCGAGACCUUCCUGUCAUUAUCGAAGUUCCUGCUAACAACAAUGGCUAUAUUCUGGCGCAAUCGGAAUCUUUAUCAGAUUUACCAAGUAAGGAGAGUAAGACUGGGAAUGAUAUUCUGUCACCUAAAUUAAACCUGCCAACUAACGGGAAUGUAACACCUGCUUACGGUCUGUCGCCAAAUAGUAGUGCUGUUCCCUUGAUAAGAGAAAAAACAAUUGAACCUAUGCAAAUGGAUGUUAAAAUUGAAGGUGAUGAUUCACCCGAAAUUGCUAGGGUAUUUUCUUUCCUUCAAGUCCUUACAGCAUCAUUCGGAUCAUUUGCGCACGGUGGGAAUGAUGUAAGCAAUGCGAUUGGACCGUUGAUUGCAGUCUGGCUAAUCUACAUUGAAGGCACUGUCUUGCAGAAAUCAGAGACACCGCUAUUCAUCCUGAUCUACGGUGGAAUCGGAAUCGCUGUAGGACUUUGGAUCUGGGGCAGACGUGUCAUCAAAACUAUCGGAGAGGAUCUCACUAAAAUCACACCUUCGACUGGUUUCACAAUUGAAAUCGGAGCUGCUUUUACCGUCUUGAUCGCCUCGAAAAUUGGAAUCCCAAUCAGUACGACGCAUUGCAAAGUCGGUUCUGUUGUCUUUGUCGGUUGGGUUAGCAGCUCCUCGUCUUCUGGUGUCGACUGGCAUCUUUUUAGAAAUAUAAUUUUUGCGUGGGUAGUCACAGUUCCAGUAGCCGGACUUUUGAGUGGUGGCUUUAUGGCUGUCCUCCGCCCAUUACUCCUCUGAGCUUCUCUGUAAUAUAUUCCUACAUAAUUGAUGUUGUAGGUUCUCUAACGUUUUCAUUAGUGACUAAUUUUUGAAAUAAUGCAUUAGGAAUUAUUAUAUUUGUAACAAUAUAUAUUUUCCUUUAAAUGAAGCAAUGAACGAUUCAAAUAUAUCUAUAUAUAUUUUUGUUCUAUCGAUCGAAUACAUGCUGUAUUUUUUUAUAUAACGACGGCAUUCGAAGUGUAAGCGUAUUUGUAGGUAUUGUUACAGGUUGAGGCUACGGGGGAAUAUUAAAAAAAAAAUUGUCCUUAAUUGUUGAAAAUAUUUGGUAAUACAUUUGUUAUUUAUUAGAGAGAGAAACAAUUGGUUUAUUUGCUCAACUGUAACACCCCAUGUCAAAUUAUAUAUACUUAUUAUUUUUGUAUUGUAUAAUUUUAUUUAUUUUAGAACAUAGAUAUAUUUUCAAAUCGUCCCAACUAUUUGUUUUUUUAAUAAGUUGGUGUGAACAAUGAUUCCCAGUGUUUGAAAUCAUGAGUAAUGAAUUUUCUCUGCCGAUUAUCAAAUUCUUGAUUCCAUAAUUGUGUCGAACCCUGUAAAAUUCUAAUUGAUAGCAUUGUCAUUUAUCUAGUACAUGUCUCCAAUGUGGUAGAAUGGUAAAUGCUUCAAAGUGUGUACUGCACAAAUAGUUGUCACUAGGGGUUUUAGAAUAACAUUUUCACACCUAAUUACAGUGAUUUCUUCACUAAAUCGUUAACUUUUUAAAAAAAAGAAAAUAGUGCAUUGUUUUAAACUGUGCAUUGGUAACUUUUAGUGUUGUACUAUUAUUUAUUAAAUUUAUUUCUUUUGUUACCAGUGUAAAUCUAUUGUAUUUUAGAUAUGGUUUCUUUUAGACAUUAAUUAAUAUUUCCAUUAAUGAAUGCUUGUUUUUUUUAGGACAUUUCUUUUAUAAAUAUUUU